GCCGUAAACGGCCGAAUGAUUUGACACUGACAGUUCUAGUUGGAAUUUGGAUAAAAAAAACAACAAAUAAAUAGUCGUAAAAAUAUUUAUAUUUUUAUUAUUUUGGAUUAAAAGAAAUUCUAAUUAUUUGUCAACAAAAUAUAUAUAUUGAUUCAUGUAGAAAAUGGUCGGAGCCCUGUUACUGCUAAAAAUGUUGCAUUGCAAGCAAGUCAAUGAUAACAAAACAAGUGCAGGUGACUACUCCGGCGAAGGAACUUCCCAGGAAGAAAAACCUCGUGAAAUUAAAGUUAAAAACGAACAUGAUGAAGACAACAUUUGUAGAGUUUGUUUAAAAGAAGGGAGCAUACCUAUUUACGGAAGCGGUGCAGCGGAAAAUAUAUUGGAAUCUUUGAUUACUUUUGGCGGGAUUGAAGUAAAAAUCGACGAUAAUUAUCCAAAGUUUUUAUGUCAGCCUUGUAAUGCCCUUUUACAAGGCGCUAUUUUAUUUAGAAAAACUGCACAAGAAUCCGACGAACUCUUAAAACGGCCGCCUGAAGAGCCGCCAAUCACAGAAGUAGAAUUUCUUGAAAAUGACGACAACUUUUCCGAAUACGAGCGUAAAAUCAAAUCACAUCGUACAUACCGUUGUAAAAAAUGCGUUUUAACAUUUGAUUCAUUUAAAGACUAUACUGAACACAGAUUGUCUGAGGAACAUGAAAAUAUGCGAGUUACAUGUCCAGUCUGCAAUAACUCUUACACAGCACUGUACUUUAAAAAGCAUUUAGCCUUACAUAAUCAGGAGCCGUCACACAUAUGUGAUAUAUGUGGAAAGAACUUUUUAAUGCAGGGUCAGUUCACACGCCAUCGUCUCACACACUUCUACAAACUACCCUUCAAAUGUUCACUAUGUCCUUACAAGGGUAGAUUCCGAGAAUCACUCAAGAUGCAUAUGAGGACUCAUACCGGGGAAAAGCCGUACCAAUGUACUCAAUGUCCUUCCCGGUUUAUUAACAAAAGCAACUUGAACAAGCAUGUGUUGACACACAAAGGUGAACAUGAGUUUAAGUGUGAUUUUUGUGGGAGAGGAUUUUACACUCAUCGAGAACUGGAUCUACAUUACCAAGUCGAUCAUAUCGGGAUCAAAGAUCAUGUCUGCAAUAUAUGUGGGAAAGCCUUUGGGUAUAGGAAGCAGAUGAUGAAACAUCAGCUAAAAGUACAUAAAAGGGAGAAACUCAAAAGUGGUAGGAUGCCACUUUAUUUGAAGGUGCAAAGUAUGCAACAACAGGGGCAAGAUAUAUCUAUUGAAAGCUAAAUAUUAACAAAAUACUGUACUUCCUAUUCUUUAUUAUAUAUUAAUGGACUAACAUAGCUGCCUCAAAGUGAGACAGAUGUAGCCGUUGAAGAAAGAUGCUGCUAUACACAGUAGCAUGCUAUCUUGCUUCCACAACAGCAAGACUCUUUAAUUUAGGUGUUAUUACUUAAGUAUUUCUAUAUGCCAUAUUUAUUAAGAUCUAAGUAUUAUCUAUUCAAGUACUAAAGCAAUAAGUUUAGUCAUGCUUUCUGUUAUCAUAAGAUGUAAUUAUGCUUUUAAUGUAUUCAUAAAAUAAUAAAAUGUUUUUUUUUCAUGUAUAAAAAUGACUUA